AUAAAUACCUACCAGGCCUUCUUCUUUAAAUCAGCAAAAUUGAAAGCAAACAGACAUACGAUCAUCCAAGCAAACACAGAAAAUUCUCAAAAGCUCACUGAAAAAUGUCACUGAUUCCAAGAAUCUUCGGCGAUCGACGAAGCAACAGCAUGUUCGAUCCAUUCUCAAUGGACGUAUUUGAUCCUUUCAGGGAAUUAGGCUUUCCAGGUUCCAAUUCACGAGAAACCUCUGCAUUUGCUAACACACGUGUCGACUGGAAGGAAACUCCAGAGGCUCAUGUGUUCAAGGCCGAUCUUCCAGGGCUUAAGAAGGAAGAAGUGAAAGUGGAGAUUGAAGACGAUAGGGUUCUUCAGAUUAGCGGAGAGAGGAAUGUUGAGAAAGAAGAUAAGAAUAAUACGUGGCACCGUGUGGAACGCAGUAGUGGUAAAUUUAUGAGAAGAUUUAGACUUCCAGAGAAUGCUAAGAUGGAGCAAGUUAAGGCUAAUAUGGAGAAUGGAGUGCUUACUGUUACUGUUCCUAAAGAAGAAGCGAAGAAACCUGAUGUCAAGUCUAUUCAAAUCACCGGUUAGACGCUUUGGCUGAAAGUGGACUUAUGUUUGUAUGUAGAUAUAGUAAGUAUUCUAUGGAUUGUACGGGAAAGCUAAAAUAGAGAUAUUAAGGUGUGUGGUGUUGUAAGAUUUGAAGUUUUUGGUGUCUCUGUCUUUUGCUGAGUCAGUCUUCCUGUUUGGCUAUUACCUGGUCGAUGUAUUUUCCCUUUGAACUCUAUAUGUAAAAAUUGUAGUAGUAAGUAAUAUUUAAGGUGUCAUUCUCCUAUCUCUUUAA